UGGAGGAAGCGGCAAAAUGUCUGCCAAAAGCAGCGGCAAAUCGAAACCCAGCAAAGCUGAACGGCUGAGGAUGCAGAGAGAGGAGGAGGAGAGAAGGCUCUUUGAGGAACAGGAGGCCCGCUUAAGGGCUGAGAGAGAAGAAGCCGAAAGACGUGAAAGGGAACGGAUUGAAAGAGAGAAGACGGAACGAUUGGAGGCCAAAGAUCAAGAGCGCAGAGGGCUUGAAAUGGCUGAACUUAGCGUCCUAGAAGAAAAUUUUUUGAUUGCUUCCCAGUGGAAAGCGGAUUUUAGAGUCUCUGCUAAGUGGAAUCACUACACGAGCUGCGACGGGAGUCCAGACCCAACUGUUCCCCAAGAAAUUAAUACGUUCAUGAGCUUGUGGCUAGAAGAUAAAAACAACGAUAUUCAGGUUGUGAUGGAGAAGGGAAAGAAGGUGCUGGAGUUAAUCCAGAAGUUACAGUUUUGCAUAAUGGACACGCCUUAUGAAGAGCUGACUCCGGAUGACUUGGCGCAACACCAGAACACCAUUCAAAAACUGCAGGCUCUCCUUCAUCAGAAAUAUAACGCGGCAACAGAACAACUGCUGAAGCAGGCUAGCAGUUACGCCGAAUCCGAGAGUGGAAACAUGGAGGUGGUCAUUAAAGCGACUAAUAUCACGUUGUGCAUUUGGGCGAAUCUCAAGAAGAACCCAAGGUUCAGAACCCAAAUAUUUCGAGACGAAAGUCGGAAUCCAACAAACGGCUUUGACCUCCCCAAACCACUGACCGUUUGCGACAUUGCGGUUCGCAUCUUACACACUCAUUAUGACCACUUAUCCCCCUUAGAGUCUUUCCCCAUAGAGCGCCCAAGGCUGGAUUUUCUGGGAGUCAGUCCAGCAGCCGGUCCUUCCCUUCCUGUGACCCCAGAGGCAAAGGAAGGAGAAGGGGAUCAAAAGAUGGCUGAAGAGGCAGGGUUGGAAACCCACCCUGGGCAACCCACACAGCCAGCAAAGACACACAAAAGCGCCCUUAACGUCCAAGAAAGGAAAAAUACAAUUGUGGAUGAAAUCCCAAUAGAGGUCUACGAGAAAAAAUCCAUGAUCUUGCAUUCUGUUUCCAGAGCUCGGUUAUCUGCACUGCGGAUCCCUGACGUCGGAGAGGAGCUACUGCUGGAAGACUAUAUUGUGGAUUUGCACCAGUUCAUGCCCGUGGGGGGCGUGUAUCAUUUCGAUGCCCUGAAGCUUCCACCCCAAGCCAAGCACGUUAAAGGGUGGACCAUGGUGGAGGUGCUGGACACCGGUUUGGAAACCUGUAACUACAUCGGACUGUGUGAAGAAGGAGAGGACACCUCGCUCUAUGUCGUAGGACUCACCGUCCAGCUUCUUGACAGCGUGGUUUAUUUUGAACAGCCUCUGAUCGGAAGAUGGGACCCCGCAGGCAAAUACUGGCGAACAGAUGCAGUCGGGGACAUAGUCUUCAACGUGAAGGAGAAGGAGAUCUCGUUCAAGAUGAACGGCUUCAGCACCAUCACGCUGCUGCAAGACGCUCAUCUCAACAUGCCUUACCAGUCGUGGGAGCUGCGGCCCCAAGGCCCCGACCAAGCCGUCCUCUCCGUCCUCACCACCUUCGCCGAGGUGCAGAUUCACAUCAAGAAGAACGAGUGCAUGCUAAUCUCUGUAACCACGAUGGAAGACCCUGAUCUCCUUUCUCACUUGAGAGGUAUAUGGAUGCCUCCGCUGUCCCUCACCAUUGCUUUGAAGAAGGCCGGAAUGAACAUCUUCCCAGCCGAAUACUCGUCACAAUAUGUCAGCCUGAAUAGAAAAACCCCGAUUGCAGAACACACCUGCUACCAGCAGAUGGCGCUGGUCGCAUCAGCUUUCGCCUUCGGCUGGAGCAAGUGGAACUGGAAGUGCGGAGAGGAUCAAAUCGUCUUUAAGGCAUGUGAACACUUGACCGAAGAAGCUGUCGUGGAGGAUUGGGCCCUUUAUAUGUUCAAUGGACAGAGAGCUCAGAAACUGCAGAUCACCGAGAGCAGCCAGGCCUUCUCCAAAACCAUAGCUGAAGAAUCGGAAUUUCACUCCACCCUUUUCCACUUGAUGAAAGACACUGCCAGCGAAGCAGCAAUGGAGAGAGUGAAAAACACCCACUUCCUUUUCAUUGACUCCGUGUACCAGCUGCUGCUGGCGACCAGGGUACUGACAUACGCCUAAGGCACUGCGUGCCACUCGAACCACCUUGAGUUGAAAACACCACGUCUGUAAGAGGUUAAGCGUAGGAAUUAUUUCAGAAUCCAGACAACUUCCAUGUUUUAUAAUAAAUACUAAAUUUAA